AUGCCAGGAAUGAGUUUGAAGUUAGUAUUAGCGUGGUUAUGUUUUGUUUUGGUGAGAUUUGGUGUGGUAGUGGGUAGUAGUAAUCCCGCUACUAACUCAGAUGCAAUGCGGCUAGAGCCAAACACCGAAUUAUCGACUGAGGCAGCUUGUUUAUUGGGUGCAGACAAGCCAUGUGUAGAUUUUGAUCGGUCUGGCAUAGAUAACCCCAAUACCGAAAUGUCAGAACAUCAAGCACAGUUGAAGCGGGAAAGAAUGACUACUUGGUUAGAAUGCUUGGGUAUAUUUCAACCUUUAGUAGGAGACUGUUUGACAGUAGAUUCUAAUUCAGAUUGGGUUGUUAAGUUGGCGUCAUUACCGGAUAAACAACAAAUACUACAAAAGAUGCGUGUCUGGGAACUAAUAGAGUAUUUGAAAACAUUGAAGCAAACACCAGGCGUAAAGGAAAUCGUUGCGAAAUAUACAGCGGGGUGGUUGCAUGUAAGUGUGUGCGACUGUCGUAUUAACCCAAUUUCUAACGUAACUAACACUAGCACAAAGAUGAAACUGGAAAGCUACAAACAAUGUCUAAAAGACUUACAACCCCUGAAGAAGAUCUCCAGUCCGGAUUGUGCGAUUAUUUCCGGACUGUCAUUUGAGGUGGAGAUACUAGACCAACUUGAGCUGCUACUGUAUCUACUACGGAUUAUGGAUGUUCCUAUAAUUACAAUAGACUGGGCUGACGUGCCUUUGGUCCCAGUUGACUUGAAGUCAUUGGAAAGGUUUAGCUCUUUGAUGAAGGAUGUCCCAAAGACCUCGGAGAAGCGAUCGAUUGAAUUCUAUCUUAUCAAAACAGGUAAUCAUGAGUUUUGGGAGGCUUUCGGUAAAUUGAUCAAAGAACACUGCAAUAUUAAAGUGAAGGACGGCAGGGCUGAGAGAGAAGCCGAUUUCGCCAAACACUGGAAAGACUUGUGCGAGCGGCAGGACCAGGAGAAAGCACGCGGGGCGGGAGAAGAAAGACCAAGAAUUUGA